AUGUAGUAAAUCUAGUAAAUUGAGAAUUUUUAAAUAAAGAAUUGUGCCAAAGACAAACAAGAAAAGGUUGCCUCUAGAAUCAAAUUUUUAAGACUUGUCUUAUGCGAUAAUAAAACUAUAAGGGUUUCUGCCUAAAUUUGUAAGAUUAACUUUUCAACAGCAAAAGCUAUUCUAAAUAAAUUUAGAAAACAAGGAGUUAUCAAACAAUCUUAUUAAGGUAUAUUAAUUCAAUAAUCUCUAGAUUAUGAUGGACAAAUUGAUUUACUUAAAUAAAUUGUAUAAAUUCAGAAAGGCAUUAGAUGUGAGCAAAUAUCUAAAAGCUUAGAAUCCAAAUAAAAGCUUAACAACUAAUUAUAGUUUUUCCUACAGAAUAUUUAAAUUUAAAGAAAGAGUAUUAAUCAAGAAUUGGAUAAAAAAGCACUUGAAGAAGAACUUAUGUGUGAAAAAUAAAAAGAAUAUAUGUUAGUUGAGUAAAUUUUGAAAGAGUAAAUAAUUUUGAUGAAAAAAAGGUGCCAUUGA